AUGUCGGCGUGUGGUGAUGGCGUUGUAAAUGAAGGAGGCGGAACAGAACAGCUGAAUUGUUCGUCUGAUGCGCAGCAACACGUGGAAAUUACACAAGCCCUCAAGAAUGUGAGGCUGAAAGCUGACGAGCCCAAUUCCAGCGGAAAGCUUGUUCUAAAGACUCCGAAAGGAACGAGGGAUUAUCACCCAUAUCAAAUGAUGCUGCGGCGAAGUAUGCUCGACAAAAUUGUUUCAUGCUUUGAGCGUCAUGGUGCGGAAAAUAUUGAUACACCCGUCUUCGAAUUGAAGGAUGUUCUGACAGGAAAAUACGGCGAAGAUUCAAAAUUGAUUUAUGACCUGGCAGACCAAGGAGGAGAAAUCUUAGCUUUGCGUUAUGACCUCACUGUCCCAUUUGCGAGGUAUCUAGCGAUGGGAAAGAUUUCUAAUAUCAAAAGGUAUCAAAUUGCGAAGGUCUACCGUCGUGACAAUCCUGCCAUGACGCGCGGAAGAUACCGAGAAUUUCUUCAAUGUGAUUUUGACAUUGCAGGUCAAUACGACCCGAUGAUCCCGGACGUUGAAUGUGCGAAAAUAGUGGAUGAAAUUCUGCUUUCUCUGGAUGUCGGAGAAUUCGUGAUAAAAGUCAACCACAGGAAAAUCUUGGAUGGUCUUUUUGAGGCCUGUGGAGUCCCAGUUGAAAAAUUCCGCUCAAUUUGCUCGGCUGUUGACAAGCUAGACAAGUCUCCGUGGCCUGAGGUGAAGGCCGAAAUGAUAAAAGAAAAAGGACUUAGCGAAGAAGUUGCCGAUAAAAUUGGAGAAUACGUUAAACUGAAUGGGAAGGACGAUCUCGUGGAACAGCUUCUCUCCGAUCCGCUGAUAUCAGCCAACAAGGCCGCCAAAGAAGGACUGGAAUCGAUGCGUCUUUUCCUUCGCUAUGCCGAGCUUUACUCCAUUCUGCCGCGUGUUUCUUUCGAUAUGAGCUUGGCACGUGGCCUGGAUUACUACACCGGAAUAAUUUUUGAGUCCGUAUUAACAGGAAUCCAAAAUCUCCCGAAGGAAGAAGUGUCUGGAAAGAAGAAGAAAAAGCCGCCAACAAAAACUAACGAAGGCGAUGAUGAUGGUUCCCUUGGGAUCGGAAGUGUAGCAGGUGGUGGCCGUUAUGAUAAUCUCGUCGGAAUGUUCGAUGCGAAAGGCAAGAGUGUUCCUUGCGUCGGAGUUAGCAUCGGCGUCGAACGUUUGUUCUCGAUUUUGGAGGCAAAAGCUAUCGCAGAACAGCGAUCUUUGCGAACAAGUGCGACGGAAGUGUAUGUUGCGAGUGCACAGAAAGGAUUGCUAGAGGAGAGGAUGAAGCUGUGCCAGCUUUUGUGGGAAAAUAACGUGAAGGCUGAGCAAUCCUACAAAGGAAAUCCAAAGCUCUUGGCUCAGCUGCAGUUUUGCGAGGAACGCUGCAUCCCGUUGGCAAUCGUUCUUGGAGAAUCGGAGAUUCAGCAAGGUGUAGUGAAGCUUCGGGAUGUCGUUUCCCGCUCGGAGAAGACAAUCAAGAGAGACGGCUUGAUUGAUGAAAUCAAAAAUAUUUUACGAACGCGUGCACAAGAUUCGUCCUCGUGAAAUGUUUUUCUGAUGACCGCAGCUUUCUCGUGGUUGAACAUGAUUAUAACGUUUAAGCUUUGGAUUGAAUCUGAUGAAUUUCAAGUGUGAAAUUUCUCAAUUCACUACCGCGAUUCAAAUUCCAGCAGACUAUUCGCAACUUCCAUGAACGACACAUUUUCCAACAAUCGCAUUGAAACCUGGAUUUGCGGUUGAUCAUGCAUUUAGAGAAAUUUUCACCGUAACUGAAAAUAUUCCCAGUCUAAACUCGCGAUUAUCUUCCAAAAGAUUUCGGUUUUUGUAAAGAUACAUGCUUCAUUUCCAUUUAAAAAAGUCCCAUUACUUAAAUGUACAUUGAUUGAGAAGGAAAUCCCUUUGGUGUGCAGCACUACUUUUUCGUUCAUAUGAUGGACGUCGUCCUGAAAAGCCAAAGAUUCUUUAUUCACCUUGGUACAUCUUGAGUACCGUUAUGUGAUUUUAUCGUUGAUCCGCGAAGUUGUGCGGAUAAAAUGGAGGAAGCAUAGUUCAUUGAAGUCUGAAAA